AUGUGGCCUCAGCACCCCUACGCUGUGGCGCUGGCCGCGUUCAGCUCCGACAGCCGGGUGCUGGUGGCCACGAUGGAUGGCACCGCGCGGCUGUGGCACGUCUCGGGCCAGCUGCUGCAGCGGUUCCAGCACCGGGGCACCGUGACCAGCGCGGAGUUCUCGAAGAACGAGCUGCUGACCGGCUCCUGGGACAAGACGGCGAAGAUUUGGAAACUGCGUAGCCCCAAAGCUGCGGGACUUGCCCAGAAGGUCCUGGGCUGCUUCAGCUGCUUCCAGCAGAGCCGGGAUGACUGCAUCACUUUGGAGGGCCACCAGCACGCGGUGCUCUCCGCCUGCUAUGGCCCCAACUGCGUCCUCACCGCGUCGGUGGAUGGCACGGCCAAGAUCUGGGAUCGCCGAGGAGUCUUGGAACAGACGCUCCAAGGUCAUGCGCUGGGAGUCUUCUCCGCCAGCUUCUCUGCGGACAGCCGCCUGGUGCUGACCGCCUCCUGGGACCGCACGGCGAAGAUCUGGGACGCGGCCCGCGGCGUCUGCUUGAAGACGCUGGAGGGCCAUGGCCUCGCAGUACGUUCCGCGCUCUUCUCCAAGGACGGCGCCGCGGUGCUCACGGCCUCGGACGACGGCAGUGCCAAGAUCUGGAACGCCGGCAGUGGCGCCUGCCUGCGGACGCUGGCAAGGCCGGGCCACGCCAUCCGUGUGGCCGUCUUCUCCCCGGACGCCUCGGUGGUACUCACGUCCUUCGACGACGGCACCGCGCAGCUCUGGGACGCGGGCACUGGGCUCUGCUUGCAGACGCUCAAAGGUCAAGUUCGCCCGCUUCUCGCCAUGAGGCGCGGCUUCCUCGGCGGCGCGGGUGUCAGUCAACGAACCUCGCCCGUCGCGGGCACUCUUGCAACAGCUUGCCUCAUGCAGUUCUUCCAGGCUCAGAGCCCAGUUUGUCUCAUCGAGGACCGCCUCAUUGGCCCAAGCCCGUGCCAGGUGACGAAGGCCGGCUGCACCACUGAAUCCAGCGCGCCAAAGAAGCCGAAACUGAGGCGCUGCGCCUUGCCCACAGGCAACGAUGUCACGCCGGCAAGGACCUUGGUGCUGAAGCAGGCGGUCAAAGAGUGCAAGCGCCUCAGCGGCUGCGCAGCGGUCACCGCGCAGGUGGGCCGUGACUUCUUGUUGGAUGAACCAUACGAUUGGCACUUCAAGACAAGGACUGAACCCUGUGAGCCGAACAGCGGAUUCCGCAGCCUCGUGCUGCCCAAAGCAGAGGCCCCGCGGAGGACCGCAUGGCCGGGCCCCGCGCCUCUGGCGGAGCUAUGGGCUAUGGGCGCUGAAACGGUCUUGGAGGAUCCCCCCGUCGUGCGCUUCGAGCACUUCCUCUCAGACGAGGAGGUGGCCUAUGUGAAGCACAUGGCCAGCAACCGCUUCGAGAAGUCCUCGGUGGGCAUGACAUACGAAACUGGCACCAGCUCCCGUACCUCCGAGACGGCCUGGCUGAGUCGCAGAGAGGACAACUUAGACGCAGUUCUGGUCAACAUUACCGCGCGCAUCACCAGAGCGACAAGGCUGGGGAAUGAGAACAUGGAGCCGUUCCAGGUGGUGCGAUAUCAGGUGGGCCAGGAGUUUCAGGGGCACCAGGAUUACCUGGACGAGCAAGAGUCCCAGGUCUGCGGCGGCCGUAUUGGCACCUUCUUUAUGUACCUGAACGACGUACCCGAAGGAGGUCAAACUCACUUCCAGCACUGGAACUUCACCAUCACCCCGCGGAAGGGGCUCGCUAUACUCUGGUGGAACGUGAACUACACGAAGCUCCAGCAUGGCGACUUCCGCAACGGCAAGAACAUGGACGCCUGGCACCAGUCCCUGCCGGUCAUCGAGGGUGAGAAGUGGGUGGUGAACCGUUGGCUGCAUCCCUAUGACUUCCUGACGCCCUACCACCAGGGCAGAUUGAGGUAG